GUGAAAGAUGAUUGACAGAAAACGCAGAAAGUUAAAUGUAAUUUGUAAAAAAGUAUAUUUGAUAUGUAAAUAUUGUUUUGAUAAUUGUAAAUAUUAAGUUGUAACAGUACUGUGAUAUUUGUAAUGGCUGAUGAGGGGUCAGAUCAAGAAGUUCGAAAAACCCUUCAUAUGAUCCAAUCUAUGAUUGAUGUUUCUGCUCAACGUUUAGAAGGACUGAGAACACAAUGUGCUACAAGUGCAGAACUAACUCAACAAGAAAUACGAACACUAGAGGGCAAGCUUAUUACAAUGUUCUCAGAACAGCUAGUGAUAAAAUUAAAAUUGAAAAAAGGUUGUGAAGAACAUAUACCCUCACUGACACAGUGGUUACAAGUGGUUGGUUUAGAUAAAUCAAGCAUACUUGUUCUGUGUCAAAGGAUCGCUUCAGUUGAAGAACUUCAAGAGAAGUCGGAUCAUGAAUUAAAAGUUAUUCUAAAUGAUAAAGGUUCCAAACCUGAAGAAUUAAAUAAAUUGUGUAGGGCUUUACACAAUUUGAAAAGAUAUGUAGGUAAACUUAAAAGAGGCGAAAAGGAUUGCAACGAUACAUUUGAUCUCCACUGGGACUCAUGGGUACCAGACCAUCACCAUCAAGUCAAGACUGGUUUGUCACCAAGGCCAGGGCGCUCGAGGGCAGCUCGAACAUCCGUUCCUUGUGAAGAGAGCAUCAGUCUAAAUAACAACAAUAAUAAUAGGGGAGGUGCGAUUAUUCCACCUUCAUCUUCAGUGUCUAGUAUUGACACCUUGAAUGCUCAGUGUAAUGUGCUUGGACCUCCUUUAACUCCUCCUGGUCAAGGGAGGGGAAAAGGUUCAAAAUUUCCUACGACGCCCCCUGCCAGGAGAAGACACCAAACGGGCAUUCCGCCAUCUUUAUUACCUGAGUAUCCUUUAACUAAGAGUAAGUCACACGAAUCACAGUUAGCAAGCCCCAAAGCAGAAACUGAAGUGAAAGCCCCAAAUGGUACGGGCUCUGUUGGAAGAAGAGGAAGAUUACCUACAGAACCAGGUCCGAACACAAUGGGUUAUUCUAGUCCGUUAACUACGAGUCCUAUUAAAUCACCACCUUAUAAUCAUACCGUUACGUCAUGCGAUAGUGACGAUAAUAGUUAUAAAUCUAUAAGUCUCCAGGUUCCCAAAUCACCGAGAACGCCGACGGUAAUGGGCAAAGUGAUGACCCAUCAGAUCAAGCAUAGGUUCACGAAAACAUUCAAGAUGAUGUCUUCGUGUGGCUAUUGUCAAAAACCGAUAUAUUUCGGUAGUGGGCUGAAAUGUAAAGAAUGUAAAUAUACUUGUCACAGAGACUGUGAAGAUAAAGUAACUCCGUCGUGCGGACUACCUCCUGAAUUACUUAACGAAUUUAAGAAGACUUUUCCAAUAGAAGCAGGUAAUCCAUUUGUGUCUCCCACUACAGGGAGAGCUAGUACAAAGAGUGCUGGGAGAGUCUUAACAAAAACUAGGCCGAGGAAAAAUUCACAUCCUCAACCUACAACCAAUACUCCAGCCUUCCCGCCUCACGAUUCGAGUUCAAAUACAUCAAGUUGUAAUAGUUCCACACCAUCUAGUCCUGCUGUUCAAACACUAACGACUCCUCACUCUAGUCAGAAAUCGACGUUUCAUUUUCCAGAUGUCACUCUAGGGGAGACAACGAACGAGGUGAAAUUAGAGACUUAUCCUCUACCACCGAUGCCGAUGUUUCAUCGAGACAUAGUAAGUUCACAGCAAUCGACGGAUACCGAUAGAACGGCAUCCCAGACGUCAGAAAGUGCGAGUACGGAUUCAGACAAGACCCCCGUUAGGGUUGAUUCCCAGGACAGUCAAGUGUCCGACAGUGAUACAAUUACUGAUCCACACAGAUGGCCUCGACAGAAUAGUCUUUCAAUGCGAGAAUGGGAUAUUCCUUACGACGAAUUAAAAAUGGGAGAUGUCAUAGGAACGGGCCGAUUCGGCACAGUAUACAGAGGCCAAUGGCACGGUGACGUAGCUGUAAAAGUAUUAAAUGUUAAUUAUUUAAAGGACGAAAAAACUUUAGAGCAAUUUAAAAACGAAGUUUCGACUUUUAGGAAAACUAGGCACGAAAAUCUAAUUUUGUUUAUGGGAGCGUGCAUGAAACCGCCCAAGUUGGCUAUAGUUACCAGUUUAAUAUCGAAAGGAAUGACAUUGUACACUCACAUACAUCUCAGAAAAGAAAAAUUUAAUAUGAAUAAAACGACGAAUGUAGCUCAGCAAAUAUCUCAGGGAAUGGGUUAUCUUCACGCUAAGGGUAUUAUACACAAAGAUUUAAAAAGUAAAAAUAUAUUUGUUGAAAAUGGAAAAGUUGUCAUAGCGGAUUUUGGACUGUUUAGCGUAACCAAGUUAUGUUUUGGAAAUAGGCGAACAGAUAGUUUAGGAAUACCUCCCGGUUGGUUAUGUUAUUUAUCACCGGAAAUAAUGCGAAGUUUACAUGCACAUCAACCUCACGAUGAAGAACUGCCAUUUAGUAAGGCUUCAGAUGUCUACGCUUUCGGAACUGUAUGGUACGAAUUGCUGUGUGGUGAAUGGCCUUUUAAAGCUCAACCACCAGAAGCUGUCAUCUGGCAAGUAGGAAAAGGAAUGAAACAACCCCUUGCGAAUCUUCAAGCGUCUAGAGAUGUAAAGGUAGGUAUUUAUAAUAAUAAAAAACAAUACACAAAAGAAAACACAAUUUUGAACCUACAUUUCGGUACUUUAUUUAAUAGUUUGUUUGAUACGAUAUUUGUUUAUAUAAUUUUUUGUGUUUUAUGGUAUUUUUUUAUUCAUCGUUGUGAUUUUUUUAACGAUUGAAUGUAAAAGGCUUAAAAUGGAAAUUACCGAAAAGUAUGUUCAAUUUCUUUUCUACAUCGUGUAUUAAAUAGGGAGGUCAGGAAAUAUAGAAUAUAUUUUAUUAUUUACUUAGGAUAUAUUAAUGCUCUGCUGGUCAUUCCAUUCCAACGACAGGCCUGAUUUCAUCAGGUUACUAAACAUCCUCGAUAAGCUGCCAAAGAAACGACUGGCUCGCAGUCCAUCUCAUCCUAUUCAUCUUUCUAGGUCGGCUGAAUCUGUAUUCUAAAAGUUGUUAAGCAUUUUCAAAGUAUGGUGUACCAUUUGCCCGAUAUGUGUUACAUGAAAAACAAAAAAGAAAUUAAAGUUGACAAAUUUUUGUUCUAUAGCAAGUUAAUUGCGCAAUUAUGAAAUAUAUUUUUUUGAAAGAUCCGUUGCAGUCCUCAACAGCUGUUCUAUUGGGCCUUGUCGCGACCCUAUAAGAGAUGUAGGGAAUUAAAAAAUUCAAAUAAUAAUUGAUUAGAAACAAAAUCUAAAUGCUGCCUGACACAAUCACCCAUCGUAAACGUGUGAUGCGAGUGGUUAACACGCGCAUCACAAGAUACCUACAGCUUAAUAGUGUCCAGCAAACAAGAGGAACUUGUACAAUUAAAGCACGCUUUCAGGAAUAAUGAAUACAAAAACUACACUUUAUCGAAAGCAAAACAAUACCGACGACAAAAAGAACUCAAAUUAAAAUGCUUCCUUACCUUAUCCUUCCUUGCCUUACGCAACUCGGAGUAAUUAUGACUCUCUUCAAGCUCUUUCCAAAGACACCCAACAAAGUACACCUCCCACCACUCUACGCGAUUUUCCUUUUUUUACACUAUUAAAAGGAGGACGAAUCCGCCAAGAGACGAGACAUUCACGGAAGGGGAAUUAAACUCAAACACUAAUGGGGGAUUGAAUACUACCAAUAUCCCCACCUCCGCCAACACUUCGCAACCCACAUGCGAAAAUUGUGCGCACAAAUGUGCGAUGUGGAUUGGCAUUCGCAAAUAUAGAAUCAAAUGCGAUGCCACUCAAAGAAAUAAUAGCACAAUUCUCAAUAUUCACACACAAACAGUGGAAAAAGAGGAAGUUUUCUCUUCUCAAGAACGGGAAGCAAGAACAACUUGCAAUUACUGCUCUCAAACCUUUUCAUUAUACCCUGGUACGCGGCAGCACGAGCGGAAAGCCCAUCCCAAAGAGUGCCAAAAGGAACUAGAACUUGAAGCCGCGAGGAAAAUCCAUCCAAGGUUUUGGAGAGUUGGCAGACCAUAGCGGAUAAGGAGGCUAAAUUGACCUAUGGUAAACCAACAAAUUUCCCGUUCUUGAAAGAACUAGUAAAAGCAACUGGCUUAUCUAUGGGUACCGGGCAGACAAUCCGGAAAAAUCACAAGGAGAUGUAUGCACCGUACGUAGAAAUAGAGAAAUAAAAAUUGGCUGCCUCCAAGUCACAACACCCAGUGAGAAGCACACGCACAAGGCAACUUGGAAGUUUUAAAUGAGGAUGACACAGAACCUCAGCCUCCUCACAACAACGAGGAGACUACCACAGAUAAGAGGGAGCAGGCCAAUACGGGAGUUCUGCAACAAGCAUCACCAAAGCCUCCAUCUACACAACAACAGACGGAACUACCCGUAGAACGAGGGGAUGGGCAACACCAACCAAAUAGGCCAGAUGCGGAGGAAGGAAAGAACGACCAAACACCGAAAAAGAAAAUCAACAAGUGAAAAUCUGU